AUGGCAGUGCGCUCCGCCUCCACCGCCCUUUCACCUUGGCCCCGACUGACAGCGUGCGCAAGGUCCUCCUCGUCGGCGCGAGAGCGGCAGAUCAUCGCCGACAUCAACGAGGGCUCGCAGAAGGCGCAACGGAAGCUGUUGGGCCACAAGCGAGAGAAGAGCAAUCACACGAUCGUCCCGGUCACCGUGCUCCCCGAGGACGAAGGAACUUCCUCUCCUCGCAAGGGCCGCGCCUCCACCUCCUCCAACAGACCUAAACUCCCCAAACGAUCGAGCAGCAUGCGUCGCGCCUACAACUAUUUUUUCGGUGGCCCGCCACCACCUGAAGCUUCUGCCCAGCCAGCUCUUACUAAUAACAUCCAAGAAACCACACCAACCUCGGGCACACCUACCACCGCCCCUCCCGACACACCUACCUCCGAACCCUCUGAUGGCGCCACGGCGUCCAAGGGACAAGCAGAGGAGCCCGCCGAGGCACCCGCCCCGCCCGUCAAUGAAAACGACCCUCCUGCUGUCGCAGUCGAGAAGCUGAAUAACCAGAACGCGAGGCUACAGCAGGAGCUUGACGAGGCGAAGGAGACCAUCGACGCCCAGAAUGAGGAUAUCCAGAACUUCGAGAAGGAGUCUGAUGUCCUUCGGAGGGACUAUGAGGAGAAGGAGGCUGCCCUCAUCCAAGAAAAGAAGGUACUAGAAGAUCACAUGGUGGGAGUCGUCGUCCAGCAGGUCAAAGAGGCCAAAGAGUCGGAGCGUAAUGCUGUGAGGGCUCAAUGCGGUGAGGAGCAUUCGGCUAACGUGCGGUCUCUUAAGGUAUCCUAUGAUCAGGCUCUCGAGUCGAUUACGAAGUCUCGCGACGCCGUCUCGGCGGAGCUCUCUUCGGUCCGCUCGGAACUGGAUGCGAAGGGAUCCCAACUCACGGAGCUCGAGCAGAAGCUAGCUGAGCUUGAUGCUGCGAAGAAAGCCAGUGACGAAACCGUCGAGAAGCUGGCAAGUGAGCUGGAGGCAGAGAGGCAAGCUGGCAACAGCCAUGUCGAGCUGCUUGCCGCUCACAAGCAAGAGUCAGAGAAGGUACUCGGUGAAGCUCAGGCUGCACAUGACAGUACCAGAUCUACUCUUGAGGCUAAAAUUUCUGAAAUCCAGGCCAAACUCGACGCUACCGCCGCUGAGGCCGAAAGGAUUACCGCAGAUCAUGCUGCCUUCCAAGAAAGUUCAAAGAGAGAGCUCGAUGAAGCCGUCCAGUCCAGAGAAUCGCUUUCUGGGCAGGUGGAAGAACUCACCGGCCAACUUGACGGCGCCCGAGAAUCAAAACUCCAGCUAGCUACAGUCACCGCAGAGCACGACAAGAAGGCCGAGAAGAUUGCGGAACUCGAGGCCGCCCUUGCCGCCAAGACCGAGGAACUCAACGCCGCCAACUCCAACGUCGAGAAAGUUACCGGUGAACACAAGUCUACGCAAGCAGAACUUGAGGCUGCUCUUGCAGCCCAUGAUUCUACCAAGGUCGAACUGGAGAAGGCCAAGGAGGAUGCCGUCUCCGCUGUCAAAGGAGACCUCGAGAAGGCCACGGCAGAACAUGAGACCACCAAAUCUGAACUUGCAGACGCCAUCACCGCACAUGAAGCUACCAAAGCUGAUCUUGCGAAAGCCAAUUCGGACUACGACGCUACCAAGGCAGCUCACGAAGAAGCUCUUGCUAAACUCACAUCGGAACACGAUAGCACCAAGGAUGAGCUUGCACAGGCUCUUGCAAAGGGGACCGAUAACGAAGCCCUCAUUGCCGAGCACACCAAGGCCCUUGAGCAAGCAACUGCUGAGCACGAGGCAACCAAAGGCGAUCUCGCUAAAGCUACUUCGGAUCACGAAUCUACGAAAGCAGAACUCGGGAAGGCAAGCAGCGACCAUGAGGCUGCCGAGGCUGCCCUCGAGAGCGCUAAAACCGACUUCGACGUUCGUGUUGCAGAAUGGGAAGAGAAGCUCAAGGAUGCCGACAGCAAGUACGAGAGGGCUACUGCGGAUCUUGCUGCUAAAGAGGAGGAACUGACUGCCGCCCACGCCGACCUUGAAACCACGAAGGCCAAGAUCACAGAGCUCGAAGAGGCUUUGAAGGCCGCUGAAGGCGCUAACGCUGAUCACGAGCAGCUGACUGUCAAGAUCUCGGAGCUUGAACUUGCACACAAGAGUGCACAGGAAGAAAUCGAGAGCACCAUAGCUAAGCUUGCGGCCGCUGAAGAGGCUGCUAAGGAGGUAGAUGCUGCAAAGGCUAAGGCUGAUGAGCUCGCCGCUAAAGUUUCCGAGCUUGAAGAAGCACAGAAGACAGCCCAGACAGAUCUCGAGAGCACCAAGACCCAGCUUGCAGCCGCAGAGGAGGCAGCCAAGGUUGCUGAAACUGACAAAGCAAAGAUCGAGGAACUGAAUGCCAAGAUCACCGAGACCGAAACUGCACGGAAGAGCGCUCAAGAGGAGGUUGAGAGCACCAAAGCCCAACUUGCAACCGCAGAGGAGGCAGUCAAGGCUGCCGAAGCUGACAAAGCAAAGGCCGAAGAACUAAGCACCAGGAUCACCGAGAUUGAAGCUGCACAGAAGAGUGCUCAAGAGGAGGUUGAGAGCACUAAGGCCCAACUUGCAACCGCAGAGGAGGCAGUCAAGGCUGCCGAAGCUGACAAAGCAAAGGCCGAAGAAUUAAGCACCAAGAUCACCGAGAUUGAAGCUGCACAGAAGAGUGCCCAAGAGGAGGUCGAGAGCACCAAGGCCCAACUAGCUACUGCGGAGGAAGCCCUGAAGGCCGCGGAAGGGGAGAAAGCUAAAGCAGAAGAACUCGCGGCCAAGGCUACUGAGCUUGAGGCCGCCCAUGCUGCCACCAAGGAGGAACUUGAGAAGUCUCAGUCAGAGCAUGAGACGACCAAGACCCAAGUCGGUACCCUGGAGAAGUCACUGAAAGAAGCCGAAGACGCCAAGACCGAACAGUCAGCUUCAAGCGAGGAAGCUCUCAAGGCUGCCGAAGCCAACCACGCGGAAACUAAGGCUACCCUUACCAAGGCCCAAGAGGAUGCUGCUGCUGCCGACGCAAAGGUCAAGGAACUCGAGACUGCCCAGGAAGAACUGACCAAGAAUUUGGCCGCUGCAGAGGACUCUGUCAGCGAGAAGGCUGAGCUUGAGAAGAAGCUGGCCGCUUCCGAAGAGUCUGCAAAGGAGGCUCAGACGAAACUCGAAGCAGCCGAGAAGGAGGCCGCCCGCGUUGCUGGCUUGGAAACCGACCUCGAGGCUGCCAAGACCGCUGAAGCUGAAGCCAAGAAGACCGUCGACUCUCUGCAAGCUGAGCACAAAGAUUUGGAAGCUAAGCUCGAAGAGGCCAAGGAGCAGGCUUCCAAAGAUGAAUCCGAACUUAAGGAAGCUAAGGAGCAAGCUACCAAGGCUGAAGCCACGCUCCAGGAAGCCAAAGAGCAAGCUACUAAGGCUGAAGCCGAACUCCAGGAAGCCAAAGAGCAAGCUGCUAAGGCUGAAACCGAACUGAAGGAGGCUAAGGAGCAGGCUACCAAGACCGAAUCCGAGCUCGAGGAGGCCAAGGAACAGGCUGCGAAGACCGAAUCCGAGCUCAAGGAGGCCAAGGAGCAGACUGCGAAGACUGAGUCCGAACUCGAGGCAGCGAAGAAGGCAAACGCCGAAGCGGCCAAGGAACUUGAGGCAGCAUUGAAAGAGUCAAAGACACCCGCACCAGUCGAGGAAGAAGCGAAGGCCGAGCCAAAGGUCAACGGCGCUGCUCCUGUUGAAGAGGCCGAACCCGUUAAAGAGGAAGCCGAGCCCGUUAAAGAGGAAGCCGAGCCCGUUAAAGAGGAAGCCGAGCCCGAAGCCGAGCCCGUUGAAGAGGAAGCCGAGCCCGUUAAAGAGGAAGCCAAAGAAGAGACACCCGCUCCAGCGACAGAGGAAGCCAAAGAGGAAGCACCCGCACCCGAAGUCGCCGACAAGAAGCCUGUCGACGCUGAGGUCGCGGCCCCCGAGGCUGCCGCUUAA